AUGAAAGAGACCGUCGAACUUCAAGCUAAUGCUGUAAGUUUUUACACUCUGUGUGACUGUUUUGUUGUCUCUGCCAGCUUUUUCCUUGAGAAAACGCUUUAUUUUUACUCAUUUUGACAUUAAUUAUAUUGUACAUGAGACUUGAUGUAAAUUGCCUCAAAAGUUUUCUAAUAACUCAACUUUCAGCAAGAAUACGUUGGGUUCUUACAAUCGGCUCUAAAUGGAAGCGAAGUUGAGGUCAGAAUCCGCUGCAAAGCCGAAGAAAAUGUAGAUUUUGCUUUAACUUAUGUUAUUCGAAGUUCUCCAUGCGCCAAAGAGUUUUUUGUGGACAGGUCCAGGUUCAAUAUGGUCACAAACUUGCUGGUAAGCCUUCUCUUUCUUUUGCUUGGCUUUUAGAGACAAAUGAGUCAUGGCAACCACAAGUUUUCAAUCUUCCUCUUGAGUUUGUUGUCUUGUCGUCAUGGAAUUGCUACUUUAAUAUAAUAUUGAGCUAUUUUAGGCUUUCUACUUUAAUGAAGCCGAAGCUGUGGCCGAUGGAUACAAUUACAAUCAAUUUUACUAUACGAAAUCGAAGGAAUUCAAGUUCAACUGCAAGGAUUUGAAUGGUGCUGAUGGGUUCUUGGAGAAUGUCCCAAUGCAGCCAAUGUUGUUCAAGAAUCUCAAGCAAAAAGUGCGUAGAGAUCUGGUAGAGUUCAGAGAACGAUUUUUUAACACCAAACCUAUCAAAUCUCUUCUUGGAAAUACUUUUUUGACCAAAAUCAAAAGUUUGGUUACUACAAUAUAUUGAAGCCCCAAAUUUCAGGCAAAUCUCAACUCCACAAUUCGAAAAGUCCGUUCGGCGUAUCCAGGAGUGAAUGGAAACACUAUUGAUGGCGGAGCCAAAGUCACUUUGACUUCUUGGCAUCCAGCACAACAGCUUCCAAUAGAUGCGGCGUAUUUGCUCAUUGUCAGAGUUCAGACCUUGAGUCAGGAUAAAGAUGUAAAAUCAAAGCCCAAAAUUGACGUAGAAGCCCAAUGGAGAGGACCGCAUGGAUUUUUGAGUGCAAUCGAUUAUCCAUUAUUGAGCUUUUACGGAUUCAUGAUCUGGUUUUAUGUGAUUUUGGCAGUUGUCUGGCUCGUCGUCUGUUGCAGGUAAAAUUUUGUGAUUUUUUGUUGGUUUUUAGGUCUAUUGGAGAUGAUGAGAGGAGAAUUAAGACUAGAGAGAUACUUACGCACAAGGUUUUUGAAUUUUUAGAUCUAAAAUUUUGGGUAUCAAAAAUUUUUAUUUUCCAUUUUCAGACACUACAAAGACCUUUUGCGCAUUCAGUAUUGUAUUGGAGUGGUGAUUGUGAUUGGCCUCCUGGAGAAGACCUUGUUUUACGCCGAAUAUGCGAAUAUGAACGCGACUGGAGAAUCGAAGGAAGGCCUGAUCGAAGCGGCCGAGCUGAUGUCCUGUUUCAAACGAACGGUAGCCCAUAUGCUGGUGAUUAUUGUCUCGGUGGGCUAUGGAGUCGUGAAACCGAGACUGGGAUCCACAAUGAAUCAGGUUAUUUUGACCGGAGCAGCCUACUUUGUACUGUGUAGUAUCGAGGGAUUGACCAGAGUUUCAAUGGUAGGUUUUUGGAGGGAAUUUGGAAAAAUAAUUAGAAUAGAAUUUUUUGGGAUUUAGGAGAGAUCGAAAAAACUUUUUUAGAUCGAAAAAUGAGGUAAAAAUUGAGUUUUUUUGCAAUUUUUUUGGGUAAAAUUAAACAAUUUUUUCGAAAAUUUUAGAAAUAUUGCAUUUUUUUGACUUUUUUCCAAUUUUUCGGAUGAGAUUUUUAUAUUUUUUUUCAAAAAAAUUUAUUUUUUUUACAGUCCCAAAUUUAAAUUUUCUCCAUUUUUCAGCGAACCACCGAAUCAAUGAAAGAAAAACAGGUAGCCAAAGUCCCCUUGGCCUUUUUGGAAGUCGGCAUUGCCUGGUGGGUCUUCAGCUCCCUGGUAAACACGAUGAGAGCCCUGAGAGUUCGAAGGAACGAGGUCAAACUCACUUUAUACCGUCAUUUCACCAACGUUCUUGCCUUGUCCAUGGGAUUCGCGGUUUUGUUUAUGUUGUGGUCGCUGUAUAUUCAUAUUGUUCAGCAUUGCAUGGAGGAUUGGAAGGAGUUGUGAGUUGAAAUUUUUUUGAUUUUUCGAAUUUUUUCUUUAUUUUUUUCAAAUUUUUUUUUUAAAUUUUUUGAUUAAAAAAUUUUUUUUUUUAAUUUUUUUUGGUUUUUCAAAAAUUAUUUUUUUUUUCGAUUUUUUUGAUUUUUCAAAUUUUUUUUGAAAAUUUUUUUGAUUUUUCAAAAAUUUUAAAUUUUUUCGAUUUUUCAAAUUUUUUUAAAAAUUUUCCAUUUUUUCUUAAAUUUUAUAUGCUUUUAGAUGGGUGGACACCGCGUUUUGGCACCUAUUUUUCUGCGUCAUCUUGGUCAUGAUCAUGGUCCUGUGGAGGCCGAGUCAGAACAAUCAAAGGUACGCGUUCACGCCGCUUUUGGACAACUCGGAGGAUGAGAACGACGAGGAAGACGAUGUUUUGUUCGCACAAAGUCAAAACGCCCUGUUUGAAGAUGUGAAAAUGCGGAAUAUUGGGCAUGAUGACAAAAAAGAGGACAAAAAGAAAUCAAAUGUGGCUGUAAGUGGGAUUUUUGGAAGUUUUUGGGAGAAAAAUUUAACUUUUUUUUAGAAAAAAUUAAAAUUUUAAAAAAAAAUUUCAAGUUUUAAAUUUUUUUUUAAAAUUUUUAAAAUUUUUUUUUCGAUUUUUUACAUUUUUUUCAAUUUUUACAUUUUUUCCAAUUAAAAUUUUUUUUUUCGAUUUUAAAUCUUUUUUCGAUUUUUUAAAAAUUUUUAAAUUUUUUACAUUUUUUCAAUUUUAAUUUUUUUUUCAAACUUUAAAAAUUUUUUGCAGGAUGAAUUGGACUGGAUAGAGAAGAAUAUCCCCUCCUCGAUCGCCGAAGCCCUCAUCGAUGACGACGAGGAGCGCGAAAAACGCGAACUCGAAGCCUCCAAGAUGCUCUAA